AUGGCAGCAAGUUCAAGUAGAAAACGGAAGGUCGUUGAUGAACACAGAUUAUUUCAAGAUAAAUGGACGAAUUUAUAUCUUUUCGUCUGUGUCGGGGAAAAACCCAUUUGCCUCGUAUGUAAUGAAUCAGUUUCUGUGGUGAAAGAAUACAAUAUCAAGCGUCAUUAUGAGUCAAAACAUUCUAGUAAGUUUGCACAUCUUCAAGGACAAUUACAAAUUGAUAAGGUGGAGACUCUGAAGAAACAACUUAAAAAACAACAGAAUUCUUUUCACAAACAAAAUGAAGAUAGUGAAGCAAGUGUAAGAGUUAGCUACAUAAUUUCGGAGAAAAUUGCUAAGAAGUCAAAACCAUUUACCGACGGUGAAUUCAUAAAAGAAUGUAUGGAGGCCGCAGCAGAAGUUUUAUGUCCCUCGCAAAAACAACUUUUUUCCAAAAUAAGUCUCUCCGGCGUUACAGUCGCAAGGAGGGUAGAAGAAUUGGCUAAUGAUAUCGAACGAUCAUUAAAGGAACGCGUGUCGCAAUUUGUUUAUUACUCCAUUGCACUCGACGAAAGUACCGACAUAACUGACACCGCUCAACUGGCAGUGUUCAUUCGCGGCAUUGACGUUAAUUUUGUCGUUACCGAAGAAAUGGCUGCUCUUUUUCCUAUGAAAGGUAGUACAAGAGGAUGUGAUGUGUUGGAAUCGUUCAAUUCCGUCAUAGAUAGAUAUGGACUCAAAUUAUCAAAUUUGGCUGGAAUUUGCACAGACGGCGCACCAUCUAUGGUUGGAAAAAACGAAGGACUUGUUGCUUUAAUAAAGAAAAAUAAUCCCGAUGUCUCUUUAAUACAGUACCACUGUAUCAUACAUCAAGAGAAUUUAAGUGCUAAGUCAGUUAAUAUUCAAGACGUUAUGAGUAUUGUGGUAAAAACCGUUAACUUCAUCAAAUCUCGAGGUCUUAACCACAGGCAAUUUCAGGAGUUUUUAAAAGAACAAGACGCCGAAUAUGGUGACAUUACCUAG